AUGAUCAGACUCCAAAUUGAAUCCGUUGUUGUUUUCGUACUUAUUUUGUUGGCCUCUACGGCGACGGCGACGGCGACGGGGAAAUUUUUACCAGUGCAUGACAUCAACGAUCCACAUUUGGCAGAUCUAGCCAAUUUCGCCGUUCACGAACACGAUAGGAUAAAUGGGGUGAACAUAAAGUUCGAUAAGAUCAUCCAGGCUCAAUAUGAUUUUUCAAAUACCCUUCACCAAUUCCACCUCAUCUUUUCCGUCACUGACGAUUCCGUUUAUAACAAAUAUGAAGCUCUUAUGUUAGAGGAUCAAGUCGAUCUCUCCCGCAAAGUCGCUUUCUUUAACGCUUUUCCUCAGUAA